UUCUACACAUACUAUUAUACAUUUCACGUAUUAAUUCGUGAAAUAUGUCUCUGACUGGGUGUAAAACUAUCAUUUUUGUCUUCAAUAUUUUAACGAUCGUGCACAUAUGUUGUGCAAACCAGAAUGUCAAACAUAAAGCUAGGAUAAACUAUAAACUUAAAAAUGAAUAUGUAUCGGACGAAAUAGAUUCAAAAAGUCUAGCUAGCUGCUUGAUUAAUUGUUCCUCGCAGCAAGAUUGUAUUUCGGCAUCAUUUAAAUCACCGACAGAAAAGUGUUUGUUGUCGUCGUAUGAUACAAUUUGUGACAGCGGAAGUGGACCUAGUUUUUUGACGGGAAUAGUAUUUGCAGAGGGGUGGACAACAAUGACAAGGAUAAAAUACCCAGACACUACAAUGUGUCCUGAUGGAUGGACGUACUUCGAGAAUUCAUGUUACUUAUUCGGGAGUAAUGAUCUUAAAUUCUACGAAGCUCAAUGCUUUUGCAGUCAGUUCGAUGCCAAUCUCGUGAACAUAGAAAGUGUUGCUGAAAAUGAUUUUCUUAGAGGCAUUCUGUUGCAACAAGAAGCGCCAAAACACUGGAUUGGCAUGACCGAUUAUGAUAUUGAAGAUGACUGGAGGCACUUCCCGUCUUUGAAGGCAGUCACAUGGUUUGAUUGGGGGCCAUACCAGCCGAAUAAUGGUAGAGUUUCCAACUGUGCGGGAAUUUGGCAAAGUUUCGACACCCGCUGGGUCGAUGAACCCUGCACAAACUUAUUUCGACCGAUAUGUGAACGAAAGUAA